UGCAGUAUGGACCAGACCACUUAUGCUGCCUACCAGCAGUUACCAAAGCAAAUGCAUCCAAUACAACUUCAACCUUCUGACGAGAGAAUGAUGCAGCUUUACUACAAUACAAUGAAUCUCUGGUACGGUCAAAAUCGACAGUUUUUAAUGAAGGACAUGUUGGCUCAAAUUUUGGGAGGCGUCAAAACGAUCAACGGAGAGGUCCCCCAGCAAAUUCUACAAGAGCUGUCCUCGGUAAAGGAGAGAACAACUCAAUUGACGUCGAGAAUGGAUUACGGAGGCAGUUGUAUUGACCGAUUAUCGUUGGAAAUUCAGCAGAUGAGCGACAUGAUCAAGACUAUUUCCAGCAUCACCGACAACACUAAGAACAAUACAUCACCUCGGGAAUGCGGCCACCCCCGGUUAGACGAGGUUGUGAAUCAGUUUCAAGGCUUGGCGGACCAACUUACAUCACAUCUUCCUCUUGGGAUGCAGAAAAUUCAGUCUGAUGUUAUGACCCUGGAACGUCUUGUUGCCAUCGCUGUCGCCGAAGAGUCAAGGAGAGGUACCAAUGUGACGGCAAGAAUUAGAUGUGUUUGUGGCAGCGAUCAGGUUGACCCGAAGCGACCAAAUACUCGUCGCCAAAAGAGUCUACCGGUAUUGCUUAUCUUUUGUGAGAACUGUCAGGCUUUACAUCAUGGAAGUUGUGUAGGUUAUACUGGGACUGCUUCCUACUCAUGCAAAUCAUCGAGUAAGGCGAAGAGGAAGUCACGGGCAUAA